AUGGGCAGAGCAAAGAUUGAGAUUAAAAGAAUAGAAAAUCCAUCAAAUAGGCAGGUUACCUUCUCCAAGAGGAGAGUUGGCCUUCUCAAGAAAGCUCAAGAGCUUUCCGUUUUAUGUUCAGUUGAUGUUGGUCUUGUUAUAUUCUCUAGCAAUGGAAAGCUAUUCACACAUCCUGAAUCUUCAAAUCUAGAACGAAUUUUAAAAAGAUACUAUUUGGAAGAAGGGAGAUUUCGUGGAGACCCAAAUACUUCCUUCCAUUUCAAACAUUUACAAGCUGAGAAUGAGAGACUUCACACUGCUAUUAGUCAUUUCAUGGGGGAGAAUCUUACUCAACUUACACCAAAGGAUCUGGACAAUCUUGAAGAUGAUCUCAAUACUUCAAUAUCUAGGGUCAGAUCAAAGAAACAUGAAACUAUGAACCAGCUUAUUCAGCGAGAGGAGCAGAGUCUACUGAAGAUUCAAGCAGCUGAAAGAGAGAGUGACGUUCUGCGAGAGAGAUUUGCCCGUCUGCAAAAAUUGGUGGAUAAUUGUUAUGGAGGGCCUGCAUUGGAUAAAGUAUUUGGGCAAGAUGAGGAAAACUCUUUUAAUUUGCUCCCCUCAAUUCCUUUUCUUCGUCCGCAGCCAUGUCAAAUAAAUUUGAGAGAACCAGAUCAGUAUCUACAGACCGAACUACGUUUGGGAUUUGGCAGCUUUGAUGAAAGCAAGUGA